AUGUUUUUAGUUGACUAUUAUAACUAUCUUUCUGAAAGAUAUGAUUAUUAUUUAACAUUAAGAGAUGAAAGAGUAUUAAAUUGGCCAUUAAUUAAUAGACCACAUGAAAUGAUAUAUUUAGUUAUUGGAUAUUUUGCAAUCAUAUUUUUUGGUCAAAAGAUAAUGAAGAAACAAAAACCAUUCGAAUUGAGGUAUCCAUUAAUUAUUCAUAAUGUGGUUUGUACAUUAUUAAGUUUAUAUAUGACUAUUGAAAUUACAUAUCAAGCAUAUUCAAAUAACUACUCUUUAAUGUGUAAUUCUGUUGAUUAUAGUGAAAAAGGUCUUGGUAUGGCAAAAGUAUUAUGGUUAUUCUAUUUCUCAAAGUUUAUUGAAUUUAUGGAUACAUUUUUUAUGGUUUUAAGAAAAAAAGAUAGUCAAAUUACUGUUUUACAUGUAUAUCAUCAUUCUACAAUGCCAAUGUUAUGGAUUAUGGGAAUCUGGUAUGCGGCCGGAGGUGAUAGCUAUAUUUCAGCAUUAAUCAAUUCAUUCAUUCAUACAGUUAUGUACAGUUAUUAUGCAUUAUCAUUAUUUGGAUUUAAUAUUUGGUGGAAGAAAUAUUUAACUCAAUUGCAAUUAAUUCAAUUUGCUAUGAACCUAAUUUUUUCAAUGUGGUCUUUAUAUAAUGAUUGCAAAUUCAUUAAAUGGAUGCAUUGGGGUAUGAUUAUAUAUAUGAUUAGUUUCUUAUUCUUAUUUGGUGCAUUCUAUAAAAGAAGUUAUUCCCAACCAAAGAAAUCAACAAAGAAAAUUCAAUAA